AAUAGUGUUAGCACAUGUGGAGAACACCUCCAAGAGCUUCAGGUCGGUCCUACCUAUUUUGUAGGUGUUACUUACCCCAGCGGCCCAGUACAUGGCAUAAUGAUGUCACAAGGACCUACUACCUAGCACGUUAGUUCCCCGGCAAAAUCGUUAACCCUGGAUCCGGCACUAGCGGCUUUCAGCAGUUCCGGUUAGCGGCAGAAGAGCACAUCCUAAGAAAACCACUCGUUCCGAAAUCACAACUUCCAUCAUUCAAUACUAUAACACCGUCUACCCCCAACUCCCCCAAAAACACAUUCAAGAUGUCUUGGCUCGGUGUUACUCCCCUCAAGAAAUUCCCGGCGCCUUUCUUCAAGACGAUGGCCCCCUUCAUGGCUGCUGGCGCUAUCAUCGCCUACGGUGUCAACUCAGCGCAAAAUGCCAUGAUGAAGUCCGAUGAAUGGAAGAACGAUCCUCGCAACCCCUAUGCCAAGUCAAAGGGACAUUAGAACGAUGGUGGACUUGAAGAAAGCGGUGUACCAUUCCGAACGAGGAACAUCAUAGACG